AUGCGCGACGAAUUACGUCGGCAUCAGAAUAUCGGUGGUUCCGAUGAGCCGCAAUGUAAAUUCAAUGAGACACCGUUCGAUUCGGUACUGGUAUUGCGUCUCGUUGGUGGUCAUAGCAAUGUUAUCGAAUUACAUGAAGUCUACGAGACACCAAGUGACGUCAUUCUUGUGCUCGAACUUGUGUCUGGUGGUGAACUAUUCGAUCAUGUGUGUGCCCGGGAAUGUCUGGACGAGGUGGAGGCGGCGGCGUUUGUUCGACAAAUCCUCCUUGGACUUAAACAUUUACAUAGUCUCAAUAUCGUCCAUCUUGACAUAAAACCCGAGAAUGUGAUGUUAAAAAAGCGAGGUGAUUCUCAAGUAAAGUUGAUCGAUUUCGGUCUUUCACGACUUAUUAGGCCUGGUCAUAGCGUCAAGGAUAUGGUUGGAACACCAGAGUUUGUUGCUCCUGAGGUCGUGAACUACGAGGCGUUAAGCCCGGCGACAGACAUGUGGGCGCUCGGUGUUGUGACUUACAUCCUCCUCUCUGGUGGAAGUCCAUUCCUUGGCGAUACCCGUGAUGAGACUUUUUGCAAUAUCACCGGUGUAAAUUAUCAUUUUUCUGAAAGUUAUUUCAAAAACACCUCUACCUAUGCGAAGGAUUUCAUUUCACGAUUAUUCGUCCGAGAUGUCCAGUUACGUGCCAACGUUGACGAUUGCUUACGCCAUCCAUGGAUUCGAGGGCCCGAUGGUGGUGAUGUCGACUUGCGAAAAUCGUCAUGUAUCACUAUUUCACAUAUUCACUCAUUCAAACUCCGUCAGCGAUGGCGGGUAGGUGCUUAUCUUAUCUAUUUUUACCUUACUCAUAUUCUAAUCCCUUUUUUCUAA